UGUAAUUCUGAAUGCCAAUAGCGUUUUAUUUAAGUGUGUGCAGUCGCCAGAGGCGGUUGUGACUGUGUGGGACCAUGGUGCCGGUGCUGAUGCUAGUACUUGGAGUAGUCGCGGCUACCGACAGAGACUUCACUGAUGUAGAGCAACUACGGCUACCACGUCUGUUUCACUUGGAUAAUUACGAGCGAUGCCUGGCGCAGCGCGGUGGACAGUACUGCCUUGGCAGCUUCCGCGUGAGUGCAGACCAGGAAAACCCAAAAUAUGAAUUCAUUAAGGAAUUCUCCUCCAGUCCACAAAACUUCGACCGCACUCUGCUACAUCGCGGGUAUUGUGUAUCUUCGCGUUGCCCAUCGGAAGCUAACAUCACGCUUCGGUUUGAGCGCUGCAUACAGCAACACGUCCUGCCUCCUGGCUUCACUGCAGCCUUACAAACUUAUUCAUGUGAAACAAAAAAAGAAGUAGAUUUCAAAAUGGAUAUUCCACAGUUUGCGUUUCUGCUUGUGAUUGGGAUUAUUUUAUUCUUGAACUUGAUGGGCACGCUGUACGAUUUGUUAAAAGGAGGAGAAGCAAAGAGCAAGUUACUGAUGUCAUGGUCAUUACGAGUGAAUUGGCAACGUCUCACAAGCACUCAUGAUGAUGGAGACCCUCGAUUGACAGCUUUAGCACCCAUACAGGGUGUCAGAGUUCUUCUGCUAAUACUUGUGAUGAUGACCCACGCUUCUGAAAUACAACAUAAGGUCUACCUAUAUAAUCCUGAGUUUUUUGAGAAGGUGCUGACUUACCCCAUCACAAUGUUAAUCAAGAACGGUUCGUCGAUAACUCAGAUAUUUAUCGUGUUAUCAAACUUUCUUUUCGGGUAUAGCCUUUUAAUAUACUCCAAAAACAAGCAACUAGGGUUAUCCCAGCUGCCCGCCUGUAUCAUGCAUCGAAUAGCUAGGAUAACUCCAAUCCAUAUGUUAGUAGUAGGGUUCGCUGCAACAUGGUGGCAAGAGUCGGGUUCUGGACCGCAGUGGGCCGCCACCAUCGGCGCAGAAAGCCAAAUCUGCCGCAAGAAGUUCUGGACUCAUUUUUUCUUCCUUCAUAAUUUUAUAUACAAAGACGAACAUUGCUUACUCCAAACAUGGUUUUUAGCAGUUGAUAUGCAAGUGUAUUUUGUGGCAUCAGCACUUAUGCUGUAUAUGAUACAGAAAAAGAAGAAUCGAAUACAGAUAUUGACCUGCUUAUUUAUUCUGUCUUGCCUCUUAAAUGCAGGACUUGCAUAUAUAAAUGACUGGAAAUCGCUUCUAUACAUCAUGUUACCGGAGAACGUGCGCACCACCUUCCACGGAAUCCCAUCGUUUAGUCAAUACUAUAUCUCUCCCUGGGGAAGCUUGCCAUCCUGUUUCAUAGGUCUCAUCACAGCUUGUGUACACUUCGAUAUGCAGGAACACGGAUACAAGAUAGCCAAGCAGAGAUGGUUCACGACGCUCUACCACUUAUCCAUUCCUCUUAUCGUGUUGUGUUUGUUGGCUGGAAACGUGAUGUUGCGUCACACAUCUCGCGGAGCAGUUUCCUCUUUCCUUGCCGCUGAACGACCCACAGUCGCCUUUCUUGCUGCCAUAUGUAUUCUGGGCAUUGCCAACAAUGUAGAUAAUAUUUUCCGUCGAGUAACUGGUUGGCGAGGCUGGACAGCGUUAGGACGUAUGUCGCUGUCGGUGUUGAUGCUCCAUUGGGUCAUAAACAUGAGACUCGUCGCUUCAAAACGAACGCUCUUGGAAGCAUCAGUUUUUACCAUUGCCGCGGACCUGUUAUCGACCAUAUUGUGGACGUACUGCGCUGCGCUUCCACUUACUCUUCUGGUGGAAGCGCCCCUGCAGCGAACGUUCAAUUCGCUGCUUUCCUAAUAUCUUACGCUGUGAUAAUUCACUUGUGGACUGAUUAGGAGUUAUAGUUGAUAAGCUGCGAAGAAUCUCCUAGACAAAAAAAAAACACUGAGUUCUCGUAAUAUUUGGUUGCCAAUAUUUAUGAGCAACUAGAUGGAAAGCGUUAAAUUUGUUUUAUUGAUUGAUAUUAAUUUGCAAAUUUUGUUUAAUAUCUGUAUGCUCUGAAGGUAGUAACAGUAUAUUAAUGUAUGGCAAAGCUUUUUAAAACAGGAACAUUGAUGUGAUAAUUAAUUAACUGAUAUGGCGGCAUAAAAAGAUUUUAUUUAAAAUGACAGAGGACGGGGUAAAUGUUAUGACAUUUCUUUUUAUUGUAAAAGAACGUUAUAAUGUGUAAUUUUAUAAUUAUAAGAGAAUAAAGAUAUUUAUAAUA